AUGGAAAGGAGUGAGGGCUUGGAAGUACGGCGGAAGGAUAGAUAUGGUACGUAUAAGCAUUUAUCCUUCGCGCUUUUGAACCCCGGCGUUUCCACUCUACUCAUAUAUCUCUUUUUGCUCCUUUCCCUCUCCUCGCUCCCUCUCACCUCGUUUUCACUAUGCGCCGAAAAUCCGUCUCCGCGUUACCAGUUCCAAGAACCUCCCUCAAUCCUGCUUUCCGAUAUCGACCACUUCUCCCUAGCGCUCUAUGCAAUUUCCCUCAUCCCAACCCUCAAGACUAUCGACCUCAAAGGGCCCAUCAUGAUCUCCCCACAGCUCUUCCAGCCUCCUGCCGCUCUGGACUCCGCAUUCGCGAGCCUAGCCAACAUGGCUCCUCAGUGGCCUUCUCUCAGGACCUGUUCCGUAAUCAUCUCCACCGUGCGCCCGUCGGGUUCAUGGUACUUUGUACGGCACCCAGACAACACCGUCCCACACGACUUUGUGGUCCCACUUGAGCCAGAGUUCGACAGCGAUCGCGGCACAGAGAUGUUCAGGACAUAUCCUGAUGAUGAAGCGAUGGAUGGGUUGCUGGCUGCUGCUGGCAAGGCGAAGCAGAAUAUGCCCGCGCUGCAGAUGAUGUCUCUGACUGCAAGCCUAAGCCUUGAAAACAGCGAAGAUGCCGAGUUUGAGGCGGUGUGGUUUAAGGCGGGGCAGAAAAACUAUCUAGAUCAUAGGCUUACAGAGCAGCCAGUGAAGGUUGGUAACGAGACGUUUAUAGGAGGUGAUCAUGUGUAUUGGUGGACAGGUAAAGGGGGUGGUUGGCGACCAAAGAGGAAAGUAGAGAAGGCGUGGGUUGGAGAGGGCAAUCAGCAGUGGUUUAAGGGAUAUCCUCAAGAAGAAGAUUAUGAGGAGGAUGAGGAGGAUUAUGAUGAUGAUGAUGAUGAUGACGACUUUGAAAUGGGGGGCAUCUAA